UUCUUUAGGGCUAGGAAGGGGGUUCGUCAAGGUGAUCCUUUAUCACCAUACUUGUUUACUAUUGCCAUGGAGGGUCUCUCAUCCAUGUUGAUAGCUGCAAGUCAAUCAGGACGGAUCCCUUUCCACCCCCAGUGUCGAAGAAUUGGCCUCAAUCAUAUGUGCUUUGCUAAUGACAUUAUGGUUUUCACCUCUGGUUCGACUCAAGCGAUUCUUCAGGUAAAGGAAGUGCUACAACUGUUUUAUAAGUUGUCAAGGCUCAACUGUAACCUUGCUAAAUGUGAAGUCUAUUUUGGGGGUGAUUCUGUAAAAUACAAGGAUAAUGCUUUUUCUCUGUAUGGGUUUAAAGAGGGUGAAUUGCAUGUUCGGUAUCUGGGGCUGCCAUUGAUGACUGGUAAGCUUUCAUCGAAGGAGGUGGACAUUUUAGUGGAAAAUAUCACUAAACGGGUUAAAUCUUGGAGGGAAAGGAAGCUGACCUAUGCUGGGAGGCUGCAGUUGGUAAAUUCAGUCUUGUUAGGAGUUGUCCAAUAUUGGAUGCAACUCUUUGUACUCCCUAAAAAAGCACUGAAGAGGAUUCAACAGGUCAGUUCUCAAUUCCUUUGGCAUGGAACUGAUGUUGGGAGAGCAAAAGUGGCAUGGGAGUCUGUGGCUUUACCAAAGAAAGAGGGUGGGCUUGGAGUUAAAGACCUAUUGGCUUGGAACCAGGCAUGUACCAUUCGUAUGCUCUGGUUGUUUCUAAUGAAGGCUGGCACUUUAUGGGUUGCAUGGAUGUAUGGAUAUAAGUGUGGCCAGGGUGAUCUUUGGUCUUUGAGGGUGCAAUACAGCAACUCAUGGACAUGGAGAAGGCUGCUAAAGCUACGAGAUAUCAUUUUACCAUGGAUCACUCAGCAAGGAGAUAUCAUCCUCUGGGAUUCUCCGGAGAUGCUGGUUUACUUUGUUCGCAAGGUAUGGGACACCCUAAGAAAGAAGGCACCUGCAGUCUUCUGGUACAAACUUGUUUGGAGUAGCUGCUAUCCCCCAAGAUAUAGCCUGCUCGCUUGGUUGAUCAUGAGGAAUGCCAUUGUUACCAGAUACAAAUUAUUGAAAUGGGGUAAGAUUCGAGAUGCAUUCUGUCCUGUGUGGGGUGGGAGUUGAGAGUCGAGACCAUUUGUUUCUCAGCUGCACUUUAUCCCUCAGACUAGCUGCACAGCUGCGUUUCAUUUUUUUAUGCUUUCAAAACUGGGAUGCAAUGGUGCAGGCUCUUACUGCAGUUUAUACAGGAAUGUGCAAGAUAGGAGGUGGCAUGCUCUGUUGUGGUGUCUUAUAGUGGCUUUCAUUUGGAAAUAACGGUGCAAAGUCGUCCAUGGAUCCCCCAGAUGAGAUCCUAAGGUAGUUGCUGAGCAAAGUCGUGCGGAUUUACAGUUCUUAACUUGCGGGAACAGAGGUUUACGAGAUGCAAUUACAAAGCUUCAUUAAUUAUAGGCUUUUUGGUAUGCUGGUUCUGUAAGUAGUUUAUAUAUAGCAGGAGGGUGGAGUGAUGGACUCAUAUGGGAUCCUUUGUGAUUCCACUUCGUUGUAUCGGUUAUUUUCUUUGGAAGAAAGCAACUGAUUCAACGAAGAAGAAAAAAUUCGACCAAAUUCCCACCCCAAUCGGCCAUUGCUAGAUUUCAUCGUUAGUGGAGAGUAAACUAAGCCCGAAUAUGUGAUUUAUCGCCUUAACAAUCCAAGGAAAAUGGCAUUUCCGAAAAAUCGCACGAAAUUGGUGAUGGUACCCCUUUGGAAUCUGGAAAAAAUUGCCCCGAAAAAUUUCCUCCCGAAUCGAUGUUGAAUAGACUUAUUCAUCCCUAAAGAAUACCCUCACGCUGAAUCCGUGAUCUGCAGUCUUCAAAAUCUAUGUAAAAUGGCCUUCCGAAAAAAUCGACUAAAAAUUACGAAAAUGCCCUCCUAAAAAAUUCGACCAAAUUCCCGCCCCAAAUGACCAUUGCUAGACUUCAUCGUUGGUGGAGAGUACCCUAAGCCCGAAUCUGUGAUUUAUCGCCUUCAAAAUCCAAGGAAAAUAGCCUUUCCAAAAUAUCGCCCGAAAUCGGUGAUGGUACCCCUUUGGAAUCUGGCGAAAAUUGCUACGGAAAUUUUCCCCCUGAAUCGGUGUUGAAUAGACUUAUUCACCCCUAAAGAAUACCCUCACGCUGAAUCCGUGUUCUGCGGCCUUCAAAAUCUAUGGAAAAUGGCCUUCCGAAAAAAUUGCCUAAAAAUUAUGAAAAUGCCCUCCGAAAAAAUUCGACCAAAUUCCCAACCCAAUCAACCAUUGCUAGACGUCAUCGUUGGUGGAGAUUACCCUAGCCCGAAUCUGUGAUUUAUCGCCUUCAAAAUUCAACAAAAAUGGCAUUUCCAA